ACGAUGAAGCCCACAUUUGUGGGUUGCCAUAUAUGGGUCACAGUGUUUUUGGGUCUACUUGUGGAUGCAUCGCAUGUACAUGUAAAAAGAUCGUUAAGGGUAUCGCAACAAAUCCGAGCUGACCUCAUUGACCUCUAUGUUUCCAAUGUGUGUCUGGGGUUCGGCGGUCAUCUCGAUAGUAUGGUUUUUCAAAGAGAUCUACCACAGUUAAUGGUAUCACGCCAAAAUGCCCAUAAAUGUUUCCUAGGUGCGGGAGAUAUCAGCGAUGCUGAGAUUCAGAUCCUCGCCAUGUACGAGUUACACUAUGCCGUUUGCAAGAAAAAUGCCCGAAACGAUCUGGUCGAAAGUACUCUCCGAGCUGAUAAGUUGCUACAGAAAUGUCUGCAAACACUAUCCAUACUAGAUCUGCAUCUCCGAGAAAGGUCUCGAAAAAAAAAACAAGCAUUUCAGAUAUUCGAGGAAGUAAUACCGCAUUCGCAUACGUGUGCAGAUAACGCAAUGUGCACGUGUUUACGCAUGUACAUCUACAACAACUUAUACAGCUGUGUGCAAAGACGGCUUCAUUUUACAUUUUUCCCCACCUCAAUCAUCGUUACGAGAACAGCAUUUGCGUUACCCGAAUGGGUAACACUGACGUCUGAGACGAUCAAAAAAAAGAGGCGUCCAUGACUUCGGAAACUCACUUCGGACACACUAGGCUGCUUUGGUUUGUCUUCUCAUCCACCUGAAGAAUGGUUCGUCUUCACCUCACUGGUGCCCCUAACAAGGGAAACGAAGAAAAUGAUUUUCAUCACUUUACCGAUCGAUUACAAGCUUAUCUGCACUGCAUUAUCCC